AUGUACUCGGAAUUCCAAACAAGCCAGUUUGAAUUCAGACAGAGCGAUGCAUUUAUGAAACUCUCAACUUUAAUAUAUGCUUCAAUAAUUUCCGGUGCUGCUGCUGAAGAAUUCUUUCCAUUGAAAUUGUUCUUAAAUGCCGAUCGUCUAUCCAAAAGAUCAUGUAGUGAUUGCUACGAUGCUCAGGAUAUCCAAUUAGAUCACUGCCCAGCAGACCUAGUAUAUGACACAGAUAAAAGAAUUGAAUUAUUGGACUGUCUCUGCGAUCUUCCAAUUGAAUAUUAUGAAAAGUUGAUAGAUUGUAUGACCGACUGUGAACUGGUAGUUCUUUUGGAAAGCACAACGCUUGACCCCGAAGAUUUAAAAUGGACAUAUUGUGAUGGUGCCAAGCAGAUCAAAACCUAUACUGGUGAUCUAGCUGAUUAUACCUAUUCUCCCGAAGAAGAAAACCACACCUCAGUUCUGCAAGAAGAAAACCACACCUCAGUUCUGCAAGAAGAAAACCACACCUCAGUUCCGCAAGAAGAAAACAACACCUUAGUACAGGGUCCAACAACGAAUGUAAGCAACAAAACUACAACAGCUUCCACUACAUCUUCCACCAAUUCUGCUGCCACUUUCGGAGUUGCCUCGAUUCUUGCCUUGUUUGCCUUGUCGAUGUUAUAA